AUGCCGCCGAAGAAGAUCUCGAGGAGAAAGACCGGCUUCUUAGGGGUGCGGAAGAAGCCAUCCGAAAACUUCAGCGUGGAGUUCCAGUGCGAUGGCCAUUGCAACUGGGUCGGCACGUUCGACUCCGUCGACAAGGUGGCGCGUGCAUACUGCAUUGCCGUGUGGCAUUUCGGUCGGCCGAGGCAUGAAAUGAACUCCCCGGAGAUCUGGAUGGACGAGAAGAACGAGGAGAAGAAGAGGAAGAAGAAGCCGGUGAUUCUCUUUGCUCCCAGUGAUUGUGAUGAGGCGGCGAUGGCAAGUUUCACACGGGAGGAUCCAGAGUACUUCGAGGACGAGCACGAGUUCUAUUGGAAGCACGAGGCCGAGUAG